CAUCAUUCUCUCCGUCUCGCAUUACGGCGGUCCAUGCUUCUUCGCAGCGCUGCAUCAGCACUGCUGAGGACCAGCACUGAGAUUUACUCCGUCUGCCCGGUGUCCACGGUCCAGUUUGUACGGCAGUCGCUCCACAACUCGCUUAAAAACAGGCCGUUUUCCACGUCGGUCUGCUUGUGUAAGAGGAAGAAGAAGAGCCCGUGGCUGCAGCUGGCUGAAGAAGGACGAACCAUGGACGGCAACAUAGAAGAGAUUCUCGCCCCUUUGAGGCUUGCAGUCAAAGAACAGGGGGACCUGGUGCGUUCAAUGAAAGAGCAAGGAGCUCCUGAUGUGGAUGUUACUAAAGCUGUGGCUGAACUCAAGGCAAGAAAGAGAGCUCUUGAGGCCAAGGAGCUGGCUUUACAACCCAAAGAUGACAUUAUUGAUAGAACCAAGAUGGAGGACACUCUGAAGAGGCGUUUUGUAUAUGACCAGGCCUUUGCAAUCUAUGGAGGUGUGAGUGGCCUGUAUGACUUCGGCCCUGUGGGCUGUGCCCUGAAGAACAACAUCCUGCAGGCCUGGAGGCAACACUUUAUCCAGGAAGAGCAGAUCCUGGAGAUUGACUGCACCAUGCUGACCCCUGAACCAGUCCUCAAGACAUCGGGACAUGUGGACAAAUUUGCUGACUAUAUGGUGAAAGAUGUCAAGAAUGGUGAAUGCUUCAGAGCUGACCAUCUCCUCAAAGCUCAUCUUCAGAAGUUGAUGUCAGAUAAGAAAUGUUCAGCAGAGAAGAAGACUGAGAUGGAGAAUGUUAUCACUCAGAUGGACAACUACACCCAGCAAGAGUUAACCGACCUGUUUGUGAAGUACAAUGUCAAGUCCCCCACCACAGGAAAUGACCUCUCUCCGCCCAUGUCCUUCAACCUGAUGUUUCAGACAUCCAUUGGACCAGGGGGGAAUAUGCCAGGCUAUCUGAGGCCUGAAACGGCUCAGGGAAUCUUCCUCAACUUUAAGCGUCUAUUAGAGUUCAACCAGGGAAAACUGCCCUUCGCUGCUGCUCAGAUCGGAAACUCCUUCAGGAAUGAAAUCUCUCCUCGCUCUGGACUCAUUCGUGUCCGAGAGUUCACCAUGGCUGAGAUUGAGCACUUUGUGGACCCAAAUGAGAAGGUCCACCCUAAAUUCUCAAAUGUAGCUGACCUGGAUAUCAUGUUGUACUCCUCGAAGGCCCAGACCAGUGGCCAGUCUGCACACAUCAUGAGGCUGGGGGACGCUGUGGAGCAGGGAGUGAUCAAUAACUCCGUCCUGGGAUAUUUCAUCGGGAGGAUCUACCUCUACCUUACUAAAGUUGGAAUAGCCAAAGACAAGCUGCGCUUCCGACAGCACAUGGACAACGAGAUGGCCCACUAUGCCUGUGACUGCUGGGACGCUGAAGCCAAAACGUCAUACGGCUGGAUUGAGAUUGUGGGGUGUGCUGACCGGUCUUGCUUUGAUCUGCAAUGUCACUCACGAGCUACAAAGGUCCUGCUGGUUGCUGAGAAGCCACUUAAAGAACCCAAAGUUGUAAACGUUGUCCAGUUUGAGCCCAACAAAGGAGCCAUUGGGAAGGCGUAUAAGAAGGAUGCCAAGAUAGCCAUGGAAUACCUAUCAGUGUGUGAUGAAUGCUUCAUCACAGAACAGGAGCAGCUCCUCAAUGAGACCGGAGAGUUCACCAUCGAGACAGAAGGCAAGACGUUCAAACUCACAAAGGACAUGGUCAGUGUAAAGCGAUUCCAGAAGACUCUUCAUGUGGAGGAGGUUGUUCCGAACGUAAUUGAGCCCUCUUUCGGCAUUGGUAGGAUCAUGUACACCAUCUUUGAACACACAUUCCAUGUCAGAGAAGGUGACGAGCAAAGAACGUAUUUCAGUUUCCCUGCCACUGUAUCUCCAUACAAAUGUUCCAUCCUGCCACUGAGUCAAAACCAGGAAUUUAUUCCUUUCGUGAAAGAAUUAUCCGAGGCAAUGACCAAAAACGGUGUGUCCCACAAAGUCGACGACUCCUCAGGAUCCAUCGGGAGGCGCUACGCCAGGACAGAUGAGAUCGGAGUGGCCUUCGGUAUCACCAUCGACUUUGACACAGUGAAUAAGACGCCCCACACGGCCACUCUGAGAGACCGUGACUCCAUGAGGCAGAUCAGAGCCGAGGUGAGUGAACUGCCUGAAAUUGUCCGGGAUCUGGCCAACGGCAGCUUGACGUGGGCAGAAGCAGAGAGCAAGUACCCCAUCUUUGAAGGACAGGAGACCAGCAAGAAAGACGCCACUGAAGAAUAAAACACCAACAUUUACGAAACCCCACAGACUCGUUACGUACGCAUCACAAGGAAGAAUAUUGCAACUGUUAUUGUGAGAAGCUAUCGUGGUGCACAAAGCCGUGUUGUGUUCUGCUGCACCACUGCAAUCACUAAAAUGUCAUGUAUUCAUCAUAUCUAACAGACAGGGAAAGCUCGCACAGGACGGUUGUUUCUUUAUUGAACAGUGUUUCAUCCAUGUUAUGACCAUGUUAAUGUUUUAAAAGGGAGAAACUGUAAUCAGGUUGUUGUGUCGUCAGUGGACGGAGGUUUCCACCAUUCCAGUUUUCAGGCAGAUUGGAUUCAGGUAUUUAACAGUUUCAAUAAAAACAGCCAGCACUUACUGGACACGGGCACACUA